CAGGGGGUAUCGGGUAAAUUUUACCAUACUAGCCCUGGUUGUUCAAAGGAUGGAGAAAUUUAACCACUGGAUGAGCUUAUCCGGUGUAUAAGAUGGUUAUCCAGUGGAUAAUUAUCCAACGAAUAACAAGUUAUCCAUCCUUUCAACAAACGGGGCCUGGUCCCAAAUGUCGCCUAUGCGGGAAACCAGUAAUCCCUUGACUGUCAUUUUGUAUCUUUUUGCCUUCGCAGAUUAGCGAUAACACUGGUUACAAAGGGCAUAUUCUGUGCGUGGAGGCGUUCGAUCGAACCAUGGAAAAUAAAGAGGUUUAUCCAAACCCAGGGAAAGACAUAAGAAUCCUCGAUGCCGGAGCGGGUACGGGAGGAAUUGGUGAGAUGCUGAAAGCUCGAGGUUAUACCAAUGUUGACGCAUUGGACAUCUCGCAAGAAAUGCUGAAUAUUGCGGCAGCCAGGAACAUUUACAAGAAACUCAUCUGUGCUCCUCUGAAGGACACGCACAUGGAAGCGAUUGAAACCGCUGAAUAUGAUAUUGUGCUGUGUGCAGGCACCAUCGUAUAUGGGCAAGUGAAACCUGGGGCAAUCGAACAGUGUGCAAGAUUUGUAAAACCUGGAGGUCUGUUUAUUUUCUCUAUUCGCGUGGAUUCCUUCGAUCCAGUGGGUUUGGGUUUCAGUGAAAAAUGCCAAGAGCUGGAGAAAAAUGGCAAAUGGAGUCUGGUGUUAAAAGAGAAACGCGAGUUGCAUGCUACGCCCAACGAGGAGCGACUUCGAUACUGCUACCUCAUCACUUACAAGAUACUUAAAUGAGAAGCAAAAAUUAUCUGUAGAGAAGGAACUAACACCACAUAUCAAUUAGAUUAAUAUUCUAGGUUAUUGCAGGACAUCCAGACUACUACUGGCCUCCUGACUUAAGUCCUUUUGUGAUUUGUGUCCUAUUUUCGACCUCUUGAUCAGAAACUAAAAGGUAUUAAAAAGAGGUACUAAA